GUAAAUAGACAGCAGCAGCCAGAGAUCCUGCGGGGCCAUGCCUCCACAGCCUCUCUAACCCGCCUCAGACACCGCGCACACUCCACUCGGACACCGCCGCGCUCCGGACACCGCCCCGGCUCUUCUCGGCUCAUUCCCCGGUGUCGUUAUAAAGUAUGUACCGCUCCCUGUUCGCCUUCCGAUCUGCGGAGCCCAACUCGCUGCACUUCGCGGCCGGGGAGAGCUUCCUAAUCCUGGAGAGGAGCAACAAUCACUGGUGGCUGGGGUCCCGCUGCAGCUCCGGGGAAACCGGCUACAUCCCCGCCUCGUACAUCGAGAAGAUCAAGGCUCCAGAGCAGGAUGAGGUGUUGCAGUCCAUCGACCGAGCAAUCGAAGGCAUCCACAACGUGGCCUUAAAAAAUGGAGGCAAAUACAACCUGGAGCAGCGAGACGUUCUGCAGAAGUUGAUCCAUCACAGGAAGGAGACCUUGGCACGACGAAGUUCCUCCUCCUCCUCCUCCCUUCAGAAACAAGGCCUCCCUACUUCCAGCAGUGAAAUAUCUCUCAGUAACACUCCUCCUCCAGCCAAUGGCCUUAACCGAGACUAUGGACGACACAGCAGCGUGCCGUUAUCAGGAAGCAUGGACAACAUGCAAGGAGAGCAGGGCUUGUAUCAGGUGCCCCCUCAGCCUCGACGUGCGGCUCCGACCACCCCUCCUCCCCCCGAGAAGCAGAGAAACACUCGACCUGCAGCAGAGCCGGAUGUCCCCUCCAGAGUGUCCUCUCUCUCCUCGUCCCCUGCUCCCUCCCUCUCAAUCAGCACCACCUCUUUGGAGUCGGGCUCCUGCCCCUCCCUGGUCUCCUCUGAUGUCAGUUUGCCAAGCGUCUCCAGCACUCCCCCUCCUCCCGUGCCAUCUCGUGUGAAGCCCAGUGCGCUGCCUUUAGAAAUUUUGCCCUCUGACUCCCCUCCUCAGCCUGCUCCUGUGAAGAAAAGCCCAGCGCCGCAGCCUCCCCAGCCCACCGCCACUUCGGAGCCCGCUGUGGAGAACCUGCCCGAAAGCGAAUGGCCAGUUGCCCCCCCGUCUGUCGCUGAAAGCCGCCCUGGCAGCCCCACUAUCUCUGAGCCGGUGCCCAUGACCAUCGGGGCUGAGCUGAUUGAGCUGGUGCGGAAGAACACAAGCUUGAGUUACGAGCUGUCGCGGGUCGCUGUGGGCGUGGUGGUCGGCCAUCUGCAGACCACUUUGCCUCAAGCAUCCUCCGCCCUGGAGCAGGUUCUCCUCUCGCUGGUGGAGAGCAAGGAUUCGAGUCCCGCUCUGCCAAAGGGUCAGGUGUGUCAUGACGAGCAGCGGCUGGAAGUAAUCUUCAGUGACCUCGCCCGUCACCGUGACGACUCCCAGCAGCGUAGCUGGGCGCUUCACGAAGACCACGCGCUGAUCGCCUGCUACCUCGAGGAGCUGCUGAAGAUUCUGACUGAUGCAGAUCCAGAGGUGUGUAAGAGGAUGUGCAAGGCCGACCACUUCGAGAGCAUCAUCUCUCUGGUUUCAUAUUACCAGAUGGAGCUCCGCGUGUCACUGCGGCUGCUGCUGCUCAAGGUGUUCGGGGCGAUGUGCAGCCUGGACGCCGCCCUCAUCUCCACGCUGCUCAACUCCAUCCUCCCCAUGGAGCUGGCCAGAGACCUACAGAAUGACACAAAAGAGCAUCAGAAGAUGUGUUACACAGCUUUGGUGCUGACUAUGAUCUUCUCAAUGGGCGAGCAGGUGCCAUAUCAUCACUAUGAACACCUGAAUGCAGACUUUGUUCAGUUUCUGCUGGACGUUGUGGAGGACGGGCUUCCCUCCGACCCCACAGAGCAGCUGCCCGACACCUUCCUCAACCUCCUGCUGGCCUUCAACCUGCACCACACAACUCCCAGCAACAAUGUGAUCAUGGAGGAGGUGAAGAAGAAAAAUCUCAAGAUCCUGUCAGAGAAAGUUCUUCUGCUUCUGAACAGAGGCGAUGACCCCGUGUGUAUGUUCAAACACACCCCGCCUGCACCGCACUCUGUGCUCAAGUUUCUGCAGGAUGUUUUUGCCAACAGAGAGACGGCUGACAUCUUCUACCGCACUGACAUGAUGGUGAUGAUUGACAUCGCCGUCCGGCAAAUAUCUGACCUUUCACCUGGAGACAAGGUGAGGAUGGAGUACCUUUCCCUGAUGCACUCCAUAAUGCGCUCGACGGACUACCUCGAGCACCAGCACCGUCUGUCUGACCUGCAGGGGGCACUGCAGAGGAUUCUCCGGGAGGAGGAAGAUCCCGGAGAGGAGGAAGGGAGCGCUACAGCGAAACAGAUGGAUAAGCUCAUUGUGCAGCAGAUCUACAAGGAGUUCCCACAGAUCAGUGAGAGCCAGGUCUAACCAUAUCAGUAUCACGCUCACACACUGUAGUCCGCUCCCAUCAACUGCAGGGAGGUGCAAUAAAGCUUGAAAGAAAAAGAACUGGUGUUUGAUGGGACGCCAUGUGAUCUGUGCCAGACUGUACUGGGAGAAGCAAACCAGUUUCGCCAAUGUUUUCUUGGACUCGUCGUCCAGCAUGACUGUGAUGAGGAAUUAAGGAGGAUGUCUUUGGUUCGCGUCAAGAAGGGAAAAAUACGACAAAUGCGUUGAGGAAACUGUGAGGUUUAGUCAUACAGAGAUUAAAAAUAGCCAAAUCUAGGCCAAGCCUAGGAGCUUUUCUCACAGUGAAUUCUUAGCAAUAAUAACAAUUAAAAUUAUACAGUAACUAACUGUACUCAAAGUAUUUUGAAAUUAAAGUAAUUAAAGCAACAGUAACUAUGAAUAAACAGAUUCUAACCAAAGCAAACAGAUUUUAGAGCAAGUUGAAGGGUUUUGAGAUGAAAUGGCAGAUUUGAAAUUCUAUUCAAAUAUUCAAUCUAUAGUUGUGAGAAUACUUUGAGCCUUUAUGUGCUUCCCUAACAGUGGGACCAAACUACUGUGUGUUGCUGAGAGCAUUAUUUCCUUUACAGAGUACAGAGCUUCCUCUUUCAUCCACUUCCUCAUUCAGUGUAUUUAAAAUCAAAAUCAAGUUGGGCAAGUGUGCUGUCCUGUUAAGGAAAAGCAAAAACUCUGACUCGUGAGAUAUCAUUACUAAGCUUUUAGCUGAGUAACCUGCUGCUACAUACUGAGUCUCUCCUGCGGCUCAGUCUGGUACGUUUGUCGAUGGCUCUGAACUGACACACGCUAAACUCCUCCAGCGUCACAAGUCAUUGACUGUUUACAGAUCGGAGGGGUUUGUCGCGAUGCUGCAUUCACACUCAGCCUAACUGUGCUGCAAUAAGGCUUUUAACAACGCGUGGUAAAAUACCAAGUAUUGACUAAUGUGUGUGGGAAAAUGUGUUUUGCAGUUAUUAUCAAAAAUAAUUAACCAGUCAGUGUUAUUGGUUUCUGGUUAUAAUCUCAUAGUCCCACUGAAAAUUAAGACAUGGCAAUACAGGGCAUUUUGUUUAUCUCCUCGUGGUCUUACUCUUAAACAGCAACACAACCCUUUCCUUGUUUCUUCCCUGUGAUGUAGUGAUUGAUGUCGUUCUCCCAUCCUACACUUUAGCUUCUCUGUUUCUGUCCCUGGCAUGGCUCCUUGAAACGUGUGUCUGACAACACAAUCCAGAAGUGACAUCAGAUUUAUGUCCAAGUGCUCAUUCAUUCACUGUUGGUUUCUGUUUCAGGUGCGUUAGUGAGAGAGACGAACGUUUCCUUUGCAUAUUUAACAUUGUCUGCACAUCUGCUCUGACUGUGUUAUAAUUAAUCUAAUAAAGCUAUAUUUUAACAGUG